AUGGGGACCCCGAGGGGGACGUUGGGGACCCCCACUCCAAUGGGGACCCCCACCCUGAUGGGGACACGGGGACCCCAAAGCGGGACGUGGGGACAUUGGGGACCCCCAGGGGGACAUUGGGACCUUCCCCCCAAUGGGGACAUGGGGACCCCAAGAGGGACGUGGGGAUGUUGGGGACCCCCCCAAUGGGGACACGGGGACCCCAAGAGAGACGUGGGGACGUUGGGGACCCCCCCAUUUCAAUGGGAACCCCCCCCAAUGGGGACACGGGGACCCCAAGAGGGAUGUGGGGACAUUGGGGACCCCAGGGGGACAUUGGGACCUCCCCCCCAAUGGGGACAUGAGGGCCCAAAGAGGGAUGUGGGGAUGUUGGGGACCCCCACUCCAAUGGGGGCCCCCAGGGGGACAUUGGGACCCCCCCAAUGGGGACAUGGGGACCCCCUUUCCAAUGGGGACCCCCAGGAGGACGUUGGGGACCCCCACUCCAAUGGGGACCCCCACCCUGAUGGGGACACGGGGACCCCAAGAAGGACGUGGGGACAUUGGGGACCCCCCCAUUUCAAUGGGGACCCCCCCCAAUGGGGACACGGGGACCCCAAGAGAGACGUGGGGACGUUGGGGACCCCCCCAUUUCAAUGGGGACCCCCCCCAAUGGGGACACGGGGACCCCAAGAGGGACAUGGGGACGUUGGGGACCCCCCCAUUUCAAUGGGGACCCCCCCCAAUGGGGACAUGGGGACCCCAAGAGGGACAUGGGGACGUUGGGGACCCCCAUUCCUAUGGGGACCCCCAGGGGGACGUUGGGGACCCCCAGGGGGACAUGGGGACAUUGGGGACCCCCAUUCCAAUGGGGACCCCCAGGGGGACAUUGGGACCCCCCCCAAUGGAAACGUGGGGACGUUGGGGACCCCCCCCAUUCCAAUGGGGACCCCAGGAGGACAUUGGGGGGAUGGGGGGGGGACAAAGAGGUGACCGUCGCCGUUGUAUGGGGACAGGAGUGGGGGGGGGGGGGGAGGGGGGGCAGCGUG